CUUCUGACAGACCUGAGAGAGACCGUGGGGAGCUGAGGUUUGACGUGUUAAAAAAAAUCUUGAUACAUUACUACAAUGGCCACUGCUCAGCUCUUUCACCCUAUCAAAAUUCACAAAGCAUCUAAGGGAACAGUUUUUCCAUCCCAAAUCACUAGUGAGCAUGAGUCAUUGAUAAUGGUGAAGAAACUUUUUGCUACUUCUAUUUCAUGUAUUACAUAUCUAAGGGGACUGUUUCCAGAGAGCUCUUAUGGAGAACGCCAUUUGGAUGACCUCAGUUUAAAAAUACUUCGAGAAGAUAAAAAAUGUCCGGGGUCAUUGCAUAUUAUCAAAUGGAUCCAAGGUUGUUUUGAUGCUUUGGAAAGGAGAUACCUACACAUGGCAGUACUCACACUUUACACAAAUCCCAAGGAACCUGAGAAAGUGACUGAAAUCUACCAGUUCAAAUUCAAAUACACAAAAGAAGGAGCCACUAUGGAUUUUGACAGCAGUAAUACAAGCUUUGAAAGUGGGACAAACAGUGAAGAUAUUAAGAAAGCCAGUGUUCUACUGAUUCGUAAAUUAUACAUACUGCUGCAGAACCUUGGACCCCUUCCUAAUGAUGUUAUACUUACUAUGAAACUUCACUACUAUAAUGCAGUGACUCCUUAUGAUUACCAACCCCCUGGUUUUAAAGAAGGGCUAAACUCACACUUCCUGCUGUUUGAGGGGGAGCCUGUAAACAUGCAAGUGGGAAUGGUCUCCACUGGCUUUCAUAGCAUGAAAGUAAAAGUCACAACUGAGGCUUCCAGAGUGCCUGAUUUGGAGAACAAUCUCUUGCAAGAGAACAACACUACUGAGAUUUCUCAUCAGGGUCUAGACUUUGAUGAUGAUGAUGAUGAUGAUGAUGAUGAAGAAGAAGAAGAAGAAGAUGAAGAAGAAGAAGAAGAAGAAGAAGAAAGCAGCAAUCAUGUUAUAUCACGGUAACAGUCCAAUGGAGUAUGCCAGGUGUAAAAACUAAAACAAAAUCGCCUCUGACCAUAGAGUGUCUUUACUGUAAAAACGUACUGUAUUCAAGAAGGGAAUAUACUUUGUUAGAUGAAAUUGUCCAUUACGAGGAGAAGAAAAAGACUUUCCAAUAUACUUCUUUU